CCAUUCCGCACCAACCACCAUCAUGUCAGUCAAGACCAAGGAAGAGAAGGCACAAGCCAAGCUUCUCAAAUCUCAGAAGAAGGAAGAGAAAAAAAGAAAGCAAGAGUCACAAGACGUUUCCGACGCCGAAAAUGGCCAGGACGCACCCAAGGUGAAGAAGGACAAGAAGCGCAAGAGAGACACCGAGGAGCAGGCCGACUCUAAGGACUCUAAGAAGUCGAAGAAGCAGGAAACAGACCCCGACGACGUGGUCGAGCCAGUGGAAAGCGAAUCGGAAAAGAAAUCUAAGAAGUCCAAGAAGCGCAAGGCGGCUGAGGGUGAAGAGGACACACCUGUUGAAGUUGAAACCAAAUCGGAGAAGAAGUCUAAGAAGGAAAAGAAGUCCAAGAAGGCAUCCGCAUCUGACGAAUCUACCCCCGAUACCACUCUGCAACAAGACUUCAUUAAACUCGACGAUGGCGCAUCGAACACAGUGGAGGAUAAUGCUGCUAGCAAGAAGCAGAAGAAGUCCAAGGACGAGCGCAAGGCUGAAAAGGCGGCAAAGAAAGCAGCAAAGGCAGCUUCCAAUGGCGAUGCUGGCGAUGAUGCUGCCAAUGGCGAGCAGGAGGAAGCCAGUGAAGAAGCCAAUGCUGCCAAUGCCACCCGUUUCAUUGUCUUUGUCGGUAACCUGCCAUACACUGUCACGAAGGAGGCUGUCCAAGAGCACUUCAGCAAAGUCGAGCCCAAGGAUGUCCGCCUCAUGACCGACAAGCAAACCGGAAAACCCAAGGGUUUCGCAUUCGUCGAGUUUGAUCGAUUCGACCGCAUGGAGACAUGUUUGAAGAAGUACCAACACUCCGUAUUCCCAGAUGGCAAGAAGGGAAGGAAGAUUAACAUCGAAUUGACUGUUGGUGGAGGCGGAAACACAGAAGCCCGCAAGGAGAAGAUCCAGGCUAAGAACAUGAAGCUCGACGACGAGCGCCAACGCGAUCGCGAAAAGCGCGAGGAGAUCGAGGCCAAGCAGAAGGACCGCAAGGAGAAGAAGGAAUCACGACAACAAAAAGGAGAGGCUGGCGAGACUGAUGAGGCCAAUGGCGCCGAGGAGGCGAGCGACCCAACCGCUGGAAUGCACCCUGCCAGACUUGCAAUGAUGCAGCAAGGCCCAAGCAACGACGACAACCAGAACAACAAUGGCGGCGGUGGAUGGCGUGGCAAGCCAUCAUUCUCCAGGGGAGGCAGAGGUGGAGGACGAGGAGGCAACUUCAGAGGAAAGCCAAGGGGAAGGGGACGAGGACGAUACUAAAUCAUUUCUUCGAUCCGACUACAAACUUCUUGGUUCUGGAUACACUUUUGGCACCAUUUCGUUCCCAUAUAGCAUUUUGUCUUCUCCUUUUGCAACUUAUUUCUGGCCCCUUAGAUCACUGUAGUCAAGCAAAUGAAAGCUUCUACGCUUCUUUCACAGUUUCUCCGAUUUUGAUCGUGCCUGAUUGGACGUCGGCGCAUGCCGGCAAGCUUCUAGAAAAGCUUCGAGCCUCAACGGCACGCGACGGAUAGUUAGGCACAAGGUGGGAUUAUGUCAUAGCCAUACCUAUCUUUAGUUCCCUUGCCUUAGUUA